UUUAGAUUUGUUAGUCAUUGUGCAGCUUGUUAAACAUUGAUUGGCGUGCGCGUGUGUCAUUUGCAUAUGAGAAAAGUGCAUUUAAAGUGCCGUGCCAAAAAAUCAAUAGACGGAAAAUCUGGUGUGGGCUUCCUUUUCGGUUUUUUUUUUUUGUGGUAGCGACAGAGCAGUGCUAUGACAUGACGUGACUAAAAGUAGUUUUUUCCACGCAUUCUAUUAACAGACAUAAACAGACUAUUAUUUGUGCAAGCAUAUAUAAAUAAAAAGUCAGAACCAAUAAAUAUUUGGUAAGAAGUAAUAACGACUAAAUCAAUUGCGUGGCAAUGGCGAACAACAACUAUGCCGGGUUCAACUACGGCGGCACACAAUACAAUUCGAGCCAAGUUCCGUACCCUGCGGUAACUAAUGCGACAUAUGCAAAUGCGGCUGCCUAUCAAAGUGCUGCUGCGGCUGCUGGCCAAGGCGGUACCGGUGGCGGUGCUGGGGGGUAUGCAGCGGCCGGCGCUGGCGCUGGUGCUGCCCCUUAUGGCGGCUACGGUGACUACAGAAAUGCAAUGCCACCGUACGAUGCCACAAAAACAUUCUAUCAGCAAGCGCCGGCCAGCUACAACCCAGCCUCAGCAGCAGCCGCAGCGGCAGCCGUAAGCAAAACGCAUUAUUCCGCACCACCCGUGAAGAACCCAAAAGCUAUGGGAAAGGAUAAGUCAAAUGGAACACCGAAGCCACCGCCGCCACCCAGUAUGGGACCAGGUAAUAACUAUAGCGGUUAUGAUACGGCGCUUUAUAAUGCUGCCAGCAUGUAUGUAGCCCAGCAAAAGCCCAACGGUGGUGGUGGGCCCAACAGCAGUUGGUAUCAACGCAAAAUGGGCCCGACCAUACCCGGUGCGGCUGGGAUGCGUGGUCUGCGCCCAAAGGCCCCACCCCGGCCACAACAGCUGCACUACUGUGAGGUCUGCAAAAUCUCCUGCGCCGGUCCGCAGACCUAUCGCGAGCACUUGGAGGGACAGAAGCAUAAGAAGCGUGAGGCAUCGCUUAAGAUGCAGGCAACUGCUACCACUAGUGCUCAAAACCGUGGCAACAACUAUCAUUGUGAGCUGUGCGAUGUCACCUGCACAGGAACUGAUGCGUAUGCUGCGCAUGUCCGCGGCGCCAAGCAUCAGAAAGUGGUCAAACUGCAUCAGAAGCUAGGGAAACCCAUACCCUCAGAUGAGCCGAAAAAAAUGGGCAAGAUUAACUUUGUGCCUGCGGGCGGACCCGGUACACCCGCUACACCGGCCUCAAACAAGUCUGAGUCCAUGGAGGGCGGUGAAGAUGGCAGCCCACCUGCUAGUGUCGCUAGUGCAGCUGGAGCUGGACAAGAGAGUAUGGAUGAUAACAUGGACGACAUGGGCGAGAAUAUGGACAACAUAAAGCCCGUGGGCGGUGAAUACAUUGAAGAGCUCAAAGACGAUGAUGGCAAGAUACUAAGCUUCAAUUGCAAGCUGUGCGACUGCAAGUUCAAUGAUCCCAAUGCCAAAGAAAUGCACAUGAAGGGGCGACGCCAUCGCCUGCAAUACAAGCGCAAGGUGCAACCAGAUUUGGUGGUGGACUUCAAGCCCACACCACGCCAGCGUCGCCUGGCCGAGGCGCGUGCUCAGCGUGCUAUAAUGUCUUCGCAUCGUGGUGGCGAUGAGCACGAGGCGCCAGCCUAUUGGGAAGAACAACGCACGCGUCAAUACAAUGAGGAGUAUGACUACAACAACUGGAUGUCUCGCAGCUUUGGUGGCGCUCAACGUUUUCAACGUGGCAAUAUUCCACCAGCUCAUUUUAACAUGAUGCCUAGCGGCAAUUUACGUCGGCCAGAGAGCACGGACGAUCGUCAUGCCAUAGCGCGCCAUGCCGAGAUCUAUCCCAAGGAGGAGGAACUACAGACUAUACAACGUAUUGUCUCGCAUACCGAACGCGCACUUAAGCUCGUCUCGGAUGUGUUGGCUGAGCACCCGAAUUCACCUGAGAGCGAAAACUUGGGUAUCAAAUCAGAGAAACUUGAUAAGCAUCCGGAGAAGGAUGGACGCGACAAUCAGAUAUUCUCAUUCCACAAAGAUGCCGACAACGGCGGCAAUGUUGUGCGCCUCUUGAAGGGCGUCAUGCGCGUUGGCUUUCUGGCCAAGGGACUGCUGUUGCAUGGCGACACCGCCGUCGAACUGGUUGUGCUCUGUGCUGAGAAACCAAAUCUAAGUCUGUUACAGCGCGUAGCUAAUGUGCUGCCCGACAAGCUCAAGGAAGUAGCAGGUGAAACAGAGGUUAACUAUCGCGUUGAGGUCAACGCUGAGCAGGCCGCGGUUAUAGUGGUCGAUGAGGUGGUGUCUGUUAAAAUAAUACUCACCUCGCCUCUUCUACGCGAGGUCGCCAUGAAAAUGGAAGAUGACGCCCCCCAAGCGGAAACAGAGAUUCUGCCACGCGAGCCCUGCCUACAGGCGCUAGCUGCUCUGCGUCAUGCCAAAUGGUUCCAGGCGCGUGCCACUGGCCUGCAGUCUUGCGUAAUGGUCAUUCGCAUAUUGCGUGAUCUUUGCCAGCGUACCGCAUCCUGGCAAGCACUGCCUCAAUGGUCACUGGAGCUGUUAGUUGAGAAGGUUAUAUCGUCUGCUGGUUUUCCCAUUUCGCCCGGCGAUUGUUUACGUCGUAUUAUGGAAGCUUUAGCUUCGGGAUUUCUAAUUAGUGGUCCAGGUUUGCUGGAUCCCUGCGAAAAAGAUCCCACAGAUGCGUUGCAUCCGCUCAGCAAGCAGGAGCGCGAAGAUCUCACAGUAUCAUCUCAGCUUUUCCUGCGCUACAUUGCGUUCCGUCAGAUGUACAAAGUGCUUGGCAUGGAACAGCUGCCAGCCAUGAAGUAUCCCGUACGCCCUUGGCGCAUUAAUCGCAAGCGCCGUCGCUCCUCUGGCAAGGCCGGAGGCUUCGGCGCCGAAGCAGAGUGUGUCGAAGCUGAUGACACUGUCUCUGAAGAAAAGGUGGCCAGAAAGGAUAUGCCCUCAACUUCUGCCGCCGCCGCUACUGCUGCCACGGCCUAAACAUAAUCAGAGCAAACAAGUUAUAGGAAUACGUAGUCGACAAAACAUAUUUACAAUUAAUCAAUUUUUCUCAACUCAAAUUACCGCAAGUCACAAAUUGCGAGCAAUAAUUAUAAACUACACUAUUUCCAUUUAUACAAUUUGAAACUGGACAUUGCUGAAUUCUAUGUCCAACAAAGGCAGCAACCAACAAACCCAAAACUAACAAAAUGAAUAAUUAAUUGUCAUUUCUUAUAGACUUAAAAAAUAUAGUAGUUUAGUUGUGCGGACGUUAAUACGCUUUAUAAACAAUUAAUGUAUUCAACGCUCCUGCGCUAUGCGUUUCAAACAUUAUAGACCGAAAAAGAAAUUUUAAUAAAUACACUUAUAUAACUUAA